GCUGGCGUAGCCUUUCUCAGUCAUACUCCAACCAUCAGGUGAAUUAUACAGGCGCUCGCGCAGCUUCCACAUACGAAUUUGUUCUCAUUUACAAUUAGAAAAUGGUUGCGGAAAAGUAUAACAAACUUGAACCCGAGCUGAAAGAAGAAUUACGCACGAUUGCCCAGCAGAUCGUGACACCUGGUAGGGGUAUCCUGGCUGCUGAUGAGUCGACUACAACGAUUGGCAAACGUCUUCAAGACAUUAAAGUCGAAAAUACUGAGGAAAAUCGCAAGGCUUACAGACAACUACUUUUCACUACAGCGAAAGAUGUUAUCGGACAGCACAUUUCUGGAGUGAUCCUUUUUCACGAGACUCUCUAUCAAAAGGCCGACGACGGUACGCCGUUCGUUGAGUUACUGAAGCAACGAAAUAUCAUCCCCGGUAUUAAAGUCGAUACAGGUGUUGUUCCGCUCUUUGGUACGAAUGAUGAAUGCACGACCCAAGGUCUCGACGACCUCCAAGCGCGUUGUAUCCAGUAUAAAAAGGAUGGAUGUCACUUCGCUAAGUGGCGAUGCGUAUUGAAGAUCACGAAAGAUACCCCAAGCAAACUCGCCAUUAUGGAGAACGCCAAUGUGUUGGCCCGUUAUGCUUCAAUCUGUCAAAGUGCCAGGAUCGUACCCAUCGUAGAGCCUGAAAUUCUUCCUGACGGUGAUCAUGAUCUCGCCCGUUGUCAACAAGUCACAGAAGAGGUUCUUGCAGCCGUUUACAAGGCACUCUCAGAUCACCAUGUAUACCUCGAAGGAACACUGUUAAAGCCUAACAUGGUGACACCAGGUCAAAACUGUCCAACGAAAGCAACUCCUCAGGAAAUCGGUGCUGCUACGGUGACAGCGCUGUUACGUACCGUGCCACCAGCGGUACCUGGCAUCACUUUUCUCAGCGGUGGUCAAUCUGAAGAGGAGGCAUCAGUCAAUCUUGAUGCUAUUAAUAAAUACCCGGCAAAGAAACCUUGGGCAUUAACUUUCAGUUAUGGACGUGCUCUCCAGGCUUCCGUACUUCGUGCUUGGCAAGGCAAGAUCGACAAGGUCGCUGCCGGACAAGAGGAGUUGCUUAAGAGAGCUAAGGGCGCGCAGUAUGAUUUGAAGAAGGACUCCAACGUCAUCUGUACCGCCUUCUGGGUCUGGCUCGGAAGGUUUUGGCAAGCUCCGCCACCGGCUCCGCGUCGGAGUGUCUUGAUCUCUGGUAUCUUCCUCAGCCAUCUAGCGUACAUGGAGCUUUCUCUUUCCAUAGCUCUUCUCUAAUUUUCGUGCGAUACAGCAAAGCUUAGAACGACAGCGCAUUAUAAAAAUAUACGAAAUUAUAUGACUUGCGUCAGGGCUUCCGGGUGAGGCGGAACCAUAUUAUCGCAUCCUAUUAUCUAUAUGCUUCCCAGCAUAUUAUCGCACCUUCAUCCUUCUCUGCAUAGUGCGAUCUUCUUUCUUCCGAUGGUGGAACAAGAUUACAAAAUAACAAUUCAGCCAUCGAGUACGUCCGUCGAUGAUAUAAGAUCUAAAUGUAAUAUUAACUAAAAGAAAUAAGUUUUUAACAAAUAAAUUAACUAAAUGAAUGAUUAACACGCACGCGCGCCCGUUUGCGCGCUCGCCCUCUGAGCCGAGAAGACGCAAGAUCCCCCCGCAGACGAUCUGCGACAGUGACGGACAAAAAUUGUCAUGUCACAAAGCUUAAGAAGAAAGAUUUAUGUCAAUCUGCAAUUACGUGUAUAUGAAUGCUGUGCGAACUCGGAGUAGUAAACAAAGCAGUAAUUGUGUCUAGCAGUAGGUGUUCGAUUUUGUAAGAGAUGGCAUUGCAACUUCUUAAAUAAGGAUAGUUGUAUGCGUUUGAGUGAGACAAAACGAUAUUGUAAGAAAUGAAUUAAAGAUGUCACUAUUAUCGA